CACGCCGACGUCGCCCACGUGAUAAGUCGCGGUUCCGUUCGAGGCUUCGAGCCCGGCGGCGCCCUCGGAGGCUCAAACUGCCCGAUUUCGUUCGUUCCCAAACCCCAGUUUCCAAUCCCUAGAUCCCUCUCACCGGCGACGCAUUUGUCGGCUGCGCUGAGGCUCAAACUGUCAGAUUUCGUUCGUUCCCAAACCCCAGUUUCCAAUCCCUAGAUCCCUCUCACCGGCGACGCGUUUGUCGGCUGCGCUUGAGAUGGAUCGCGACACGCCGGUGCCGAGGAGGAGGAGAACGGAGAGCAGACAUGCCGGGGAGCCCUCUUCGGCUGUGGCGGUGGAGACGACGAACGGCAAGAGCAAGACAACAUGGUUGUGGGAGGCGGGCGGGAGACUAGUGGAGACCCAGUCCGUCACUGCCGAGCAGACGAGCGCGACCAUCACAGAAGAGGCGGAGGACGAGGAGUGGACAGAUGAUGCCCUCCCCCUCAUCGCGAGCAGCCGUCCUCUCCCUCAUAGAUGCCCCAGUUUCCCCAAGGGUCGAAGCCGGCAAGACAUCGCAGAGUGGCACGAGGCUACUAGAGUGGCUUACGAGAAGGCUGCCAACGAUCCUGUCUCCAAUCCUCCUAUCUUGAGGGAGACAAAGGGGAGGGAGACGCCUUCUUCCAGUGAGGUGAUCUCCAUGAGACAAAGGGAGAUGCUUUUUAGGCUAUCUAGCUCGAUUGUCAGCAUUUCCUCUACCCGGGUUGGAGAUGAUGGGGUGCCAGUAUGGGAGUUUACUGGAGUCGUCAUUGGUCCAUCUGAGUCUGAUGAGCAUGCUAGGAUACUGACCACUUCUGAUACUGUCUGUGAUUUUGAAGGGAAAUUGCUUAAUCGCAAGCUACUUGUUCGUUUGCCAAAUAAGGCAAUUAAGAAUGGAGAGCUUUUGUUUUUUGAUCGCUACUAUGGCAUUGCUGUCUUGGAGAUCUCAGUUGAUAUGCCAUUGCGAUGCCCUUCUUUUGUGUCAAGUCCAGAUUACGGAGACAAGGUAUUUGUAUUGGCGAGAGAUGAAGAUUCUUCGCUAUUGACCACGUCAGGGAGGGUCAUGUGUCACAAUGAAACUCAUGUGUACCGCAAUUAUUAUUUGUAUGUGAGCUGUGUGCUUCCUGAGGCUAGCAUAUUUGGAUUAGUAAUUGAUCGAAAUGGUGAUAUCGCUGGAUUGGCUUUUUUUGUUGAUUGGUCAAAAACUGCCGUUCUUCCAAGCUCUAUUAUCAGGACAUUAGUUGAAAUGGAAAGGAACUUUAGUUGUAUAGCUCGUCCAGAACAUCGUUUGUGUUUGAGAGCGGUUCAGUUUCUGGACAUGCAUAAGAGGGAAGAAAUCUUGUAUCAACACAAUAUUGAUAGGGGUUACAUUGUCGAUAAGGUAGCAAUCAACUCCACUGCAGAAAUUAUUGGGAUUAGGCGUGGGGAUGUGAUUGUUUCAGUUAACGGGGUGUGCUCUCAGACUAUGCCAGAGUUGGAGGAGUAUUUGCUUUCUCUUGGCUGGAAGUUUCUGGAGAGGAAAAAUAAAUCAUCCAAGAUUGUUCUGAAGUUAAAGGUUUAUGACCCCAUCAAGUGCCUGGAGCACACUCUAAGCCUGCCUCUAGGAUUUUAUUGCCUUACCGCAGUAAAGGAGAGGGUGAAGGUGCAAGUAACUGAGAAGAUAUCACCUGACAUCAAGCGCAAGAAAACUACUACUGUACCGAUUCCAUCUGGAAGGGUCUUACGCCCUCGUAAGAAGUGAGAAAAAGUGGAGUCCUGGGCAAGGUGGAAGCUAGGCCGUGGCGCACAGAAAUAUAGUUCUGGUUACUGGUAGUUAGGUACUAGUACUAGUAUAGUAGCCGUAGAUUUUUUGUAUUCAGAUGUCCUUUUUCUCCGUCGUUGUGGCGGCGCAUCGCACAAGAAAAGUUCUCACCUGUCUCGUCUUUGAUCGCACGCCUAUUUGGCCUCUGGUAGUUGCCAUCUUUACCGAGGACAAAAUAUACUGUGCACUUUUGUACGUUCCUGUUAUAACGCGUUAGGAUCUAACCUGUACGGGCAGCUUCUGUGCCGGCCACCGGGGAUAUUUAACCUGUACAAUUGUUGUCGGUUCUCCUCUCUUGAAGGUUUUGAGCUGCUAAUGCGGUGCUUUACAGCAAAAAUACUACAGUAACAGGGUGGCUUUGCCGCGUCUUGUAUAGAAUUUGGGCCAGUGUUGCCACCUUCUAAUGCAACGUUCAAGUA